AUGGAUGAUCCUAUACCAGGCUCGUUUGAUACGAGCAGUAAUUUGGGUACUCCAAUUAAGAAAAUAAAAGGUUUAAAUUUGAAUUCAUCUUCGCCCCUUAACUCAUCUCCCUUAUACCCAAAUCUCGAUGAAAUAGAGCCACGAAUAGAGCCACACAUGAAACUGAAAGGAUAUUCUCAAAGACUUACUAAUAACGUAUUGAGAGAACUCAAUGUGAGAGCAAAUGAGAUUUCACAGCUGUUAAAGACAUCUCCGAAGGCACAAAUACAUAAUGAAAGCAAGAGGAAAUUCAACGGAAUUCAUAGAUCUAGGUUCAAUAAAAUGGACAGCAUUUCUUCACAUUAUUCUAUUCAUAGAAGGCCGAAAGAAAUUAGUCCCACGAGGGUGGUGGCAAUAACAGAAAAUGAAACGCCAUCUACUUCAAAUGAUUCGGGAAAGAGAAACCCCUCCAUCAACUUAAGUUCUGCAUCAAAAAGAAGAAGGACUUUAAAUGGACCAGAGGAAGUAUUGAAUAAUUCUUCGCCAUUAAAACAUACUGGAUAUCCUUUAAAGUCGAGCCCAUUGAAAGUUAAUUCUUUGAAAAUAAGUCCUUCAAAAGCAUCCGUCAACCUUCAUGCAACAAUUUCGUCAGCAUCUAAUCUCAACAAUAGGCCACAAGAAACAUUUAAUUAUGUUAAGCAGAAAACUGAGAUGAAUCCUCCACAGCUUCAUGGCUUAAAUGGUUCUAAAAUGAAUCCAUCUAAGAAGAGUCCCUCGAAGAUUAGUCCGUCCAAACGGUCAAUGAAUUUACAUGAAAUAUUACAAGGAAAUGUCCAAGAAAAACCAAAGGCGUCAACUAAAUCUCUCAGUAAGAGAGCAUCUUCUUUGGAACUAGCUGGUGUGAAGCAACCAGUAGUGCGCAAACAUGUACCAACUGAUACAAGCGAAAAAGGCUCCCGUUUAAACUCGAAUUCGUCUUUACGUUCAAUUCCAAAUCUACAAGCCUCUUCAUUUAAAUGUCAUGAUUCAAAUUUGAAGAAGUCUCAGAGUAAUAUCGACAAGUUACACAAUCUACGGACAAAGGCUCCUUCUACUCUCCAACUACCAAAAUCGACAAGCUCUAAUUCAUGGAAAUUACCUGAAAUGGGACACAACGCCAAACCUUCACUAACGGCAAAAAAUUACACAAUUCCGCAAGCACCCUCAUUUUAUGCAAAGCCAACUAUCUCCUCGUCCCAAAAAUCAUUAAACAGGUUUCAUAAAUUCAAAGACCGAUUCCAAUAA